CAGCAUGCUUGCUUUCACUUUCAAUGUUUUGAUUUGAUCAUGUCAGUUGAUGACAACAAACACGCGACUAUUGCAUAUUGAAACGGAGACAUUACCAUUUAAGGAAGAAACGACGAGUCACUUUUAGGAUAUUCUUUACGAUAAUAUGCAAGAAAUUCUGGAACCACAGCCGUGUAAAUGUGAGGGUGAGCGGAAUCAAGAAAGCGUCCUACAACAAAGAAUAGAGACGGUUAGCAUUGGCAAUAGAACCAUGAAGAUGGAGACAGAUGUAUUUAUCCCUUCCCACACUGCAGAGCUCCAGUUCCUCAGGUCACGGGUUCGGGAACUGGAGAAAGAGAAGGCCGAAAUGGCGGCUGAAAACCAAUGGCUGCAAAACAUGCUAGUAAAGGAGAUCCCUGACCUGCUUUCUACCAUGUGGCAGAACUUGGGCCAAGCCAACCAGCCCCUCCACCCUGCAGUGUCCCCACAGGCUGUCUCCACAGCAAUAGUGAGGGGCGAGAGCUACACAUACACACACCACUCUGUGUCAGGACAAUCUGGCCGACGGUUCAGUCCCCCACUUCAUCAUCAGCCCAUGUCCAACCGCUCAGCUAUGACUCAGGACGACGUGAAUGGAAGCAUGUCAAACUUUGGACCCGAGAUGGCCAUCAGUGAGCACAGUGGGGACGGAGACUUAGAGCUGAGUGACAUCACAGAGGACGACAACCCUCACAGCUCUCUGUUUGGCUCAGCAGCCGACCUACCCGGGAUGAGGACAUGCUCAGAGACACACUGUGUUAGUGGGACGGGCCAUGUAAACCGGGUGGAGGUAUACCCAAGUUCCGGGGUCUUCUGUGAAAUGCGGUCUUGGCAUGCAGCCAAUCAGACGCAGUCUCCCACGGCAAUGGCGCGCACUCUGUUGCUGGGCGUGUUUGACAUGGACACCCUGCUGAACAGCAACCUGCGAGGGGGGCGGAGCCGCAGACCAACCUUCCCCAACCACCGCACCGCCCUGGACCCACACAAGCUCAACGCCAUCUACAAUGCCACUCUAGCCCGCUUCCCAUUGGCCAGGAAGGGACAAAUUGGCACCGGCAUCAACUCCAAGCUGUCUGAGAUCCGGUUCCGAUCCAGGAGAGCCAACCGGGACCCCAGUUAUCUAUGAAGGACUGUUCCUGCCCACACACCCAGUUGUAUCAAAUCAACAUUUUAGUUCUAGCAUUUUAUCACAUUAACCGUUCAACUGUAUCAGUAUAUGAGUACAUGUGCGUGCAGAAUGUCUGGCCUAUGAAUGGUAAAAGGACUCAAAAGAUGGGCUAAUGCUAGAGGAAGGAUUCAAAGCCAGUGGAACAACGUACAUAAGAACUGGCUUUGAUGGUUAAAUUCCCACUCUGUCGCCGACCAAUCAUUCGUAAACCACACAUGUGAACGGUCCCCGGGGCAGUCUCUCUGACUGACCGAGAUGCAUAGAUCCAGGACGGCUGAUCCAUGUGUGACCAACCAGUGGAGGACGGGAGGCUUCAGUCAUGUCUUACCAGACAGACGCCUCUCUGUCGUUGACCUCUACCCACUUAGACAAAGGAGGCAAGAGGGGAUUGGAGGGAGGCCAAACUAUAUUUCUCCAUUGAUUUCUCUGAUCCUAGGCAUUAAGCUCACUCCUAAAGCUCCAUUACCAGCCCCAGGUCCCCUCUGCACCCUCUCCUUCCAAUCCUCUCCUUCCGCCUGAGAGGAGAAUCAAUUUGUGGCCCCCACCCACCCAGCCUUCCCCGGAGGUGUCACAGCUCCCCAUGCCUAAUGGACCCACAGGUACUCUGAGCCUCCAGCAGGAUGACAGAGGAAAUUCAUUCAUCUUAAAGGAAACUAAACAGUGUGUCAUUCUCCCCAAGUUCACCAUGUCCACAGAGCCCACAUGAAGAGAACAUGACUGGGGAUUUGGCCUGAUGCAUAUAUGAAGUAUUGGAUUAGAUGUAACCGUUGGUAAUGAGGAACGGUCAAGUUGUUGUUUUAUAUCCGGUCAUGUCUGAUGUUCAAGAUGUUGAAUGUUUGAUGCGAAUGCAUUAAAAGACUGCUGUUUUUCAUUGCCCUUCAUGUUGUCUCUCUCUAGUCAUCGGAACGAUUUGAGAAAUUACGCAUUAACCAAUUGCUUAACAGCUACUUAGUUUUCGGCAAAUGAGAAAGAGAGAGGAGAAGAUGAUAGGCAAUGAAUCACUAGCCCAUUGGUAAAUUGAAAUAUCCAUUACAGUAGUCCACCUACUGGGCAUACCACUUCAUUUCAACGUGAAGAAUUGGGUAUUAUUUGGUUGAUACGUUGAUCAACGAGAUUACAACCUAUUUUCAACCAUUCAAAAAGAUUAUGCAUUCAACCAUCUUGCAUUCAACCAUCUUAAAGCACAACCAAAUUCGAAUGGAAAAUCAAUGUCUAUUUUUUGGUUUAGUUGUCACCUAAAUGUGUUGUGCUUUCAACCAUUUAAAAGCACAACAAAGUUCAAAUGGAAAUGCAGCUUAAUGUGUUCUGUGCUUCAUUGAAUAGCACAACCAAAUGACACGGAUUGCAUACCCUAAUCAGGUGAGUCCAGGUGGAGGUAUGAUCCCUUAUUGAUGUCACCUGUUAAAUCCACUACAAUCAGUGUAGAUGAAGGGGAGGAGACGGGUUAAAGAAGGAUUUGUAAUGCUUGAGACAAUUGAGACAUGGAUUGUGUGUGUGUGCCAUUCAGAGGGGUGAAUGGGCAAGACAAUAGAUUGAAGUGCCUUUGAACAGGUUAUGGUAGUAGGUGCACCGGUUUGAAUGUGUCAAGAACUGCAACGCUGCUGGGUUUUUCAUGCUCAACAGUUUCCCGUGUGUAUCAAGAAUGGUCCACCAUCCAAAGGACAUCCAGCCAACUUGACACAACUGUGGAGUCAACAUGGGCUAGCAUCCUUGUGGAAUGCUUUCGACACCUUGUAGAGUCCAUGCCCCAAUGAAUUGAGGAUGUUCUGAUGGCAAAAGGGGGUGCAACUCAAUAUUUGGAAGGCGUGCCUAAUGUUUUAUACACUCAGUGUAUGAUAAAAUAUGGAUAUAUUUCAUUUGCUCUGUUACCCUACCCUUUAGAAUGCCUAUGUUAGCAACUCUGAAUCUAUUAGGUGGAGAUUCCACAACAAUCAUUCUCAAUAGGGCUGGGCUAGGUUAAAGGAAUACUUUGGGAUUUUGGCAAUGACCCCAAAGUAUCUACUUCCCCGGAGUCAAAUGAACUCGUGGAAGCCAUUUUUAUGUCUCUGUGUCCUGUAUGAAGGAAGUUAGAAGUAGUUUCGCGAGCCAGUGCUAACUAGCAUUAGCCCAAUGACUGGAAGUCUAUGGGUAUCUGCUAGCAUGCUGACAGAUACCCAUAGACUUCCACUCAUUACGCUAACGCUAGUUAGCAACUUUAUUCAAACUGCACGCAGAGACAUACGAAUGGUAUCCACGAGUUAAUCUGACUCUGGAGAAGUAGGUAUAGGGCCUCAUUGCUAAAAUCCCUUUAAUACCCUGGAUGACAGACCAACGGGAUAGCUGUAGAUAGAUCAACUCUCCAGUAGGAUAUGCUGCCCAGCCUAUUGUUUUUUUCUUCUAGUGGAUUUUACGUUGACGAUCUGAUGUUGUGUCAAAGGUGCAAAUUCAACUUAUUUUAUCUUUGGUUACCAUGAUGACAUAAACUUGUGGUUGAAAAUUCAGCCUCAAAACAACAGUUUAUGGCUUUUUGCAAAUCCAAUGUCUUUUCCACAUAGAUUCCACAUCACAAAUGACUUUGAAACAAUGUUUAUUUCACCAGUUUGUACCCAGUGGGAAUUUACCAAUUGACCAAGUAGGCUACACAUGCAUGAAUCUACUCUUUCAUCCUCAGGAGUCCCUGAGCUCACAUGAAAUUGAAAUUGUGUCCAUUAAUUAAAAAUGGUCAAUUGCUAUUUUUUAUGAGAAUGAAUGAAUGUAAUAUCUUCAUCCUGAGCCCCUAAACCUAAUCCAGUAGUGUAGUCCCUAUCCAUUCCUUCAUCAGAGAUUACCUGUAAAGCUUCUGAACUGUCUUUAGUCACAGACAACUUCAACACUGGGGACUUAACAGCCCCUUGUGGGUGUUUGUCCUGAUCCCCAUUUCUAUCCACUGACAGCCCCUGUCCUGUUUCUUGUGGCCUUUUUGUUCUGUGUUGAUACAUAUUCAAUAAGCCUGCAUUCCAUUUAGCUCCAGGGUGGGAUGUCAACUUCUGAUAGUAAAGAUAACCUGUCUCCAGAA